CAUGAAAAAUUCACCGAAGGCUCACAACAAGGUAUCCGAAUUUGUGGCUGGACGAUCUCAACUACUAAACUUCCAAUUUUUAGCUCACAAGAAAUUGAUCGUACAAAAACAACUUUCUAUUCCACUCCCGGAAAUGUUUUUUGGCAAUAAUAAAUUACAAGUAGCCAAUGAACACGGUGUUGUUUUUGAAUUAUCACCGGUAGAUGCGUUAAAAUUCGUUGAUGCAACAGAAGAAGGUGGAAAUAAAGUUAAACAAGAGUUUGAAAAAACUACUGACAGAAUUAAUGUGGAAAAACUCAAACUUCCUGAACCGAUUUUAUUUUAUGAUGAAGUUAUUUUGUUUGAAGAUGAAUUAGCCGAUAAUGGAACUGCGAUACUUAAUUCUAAAGUG